UCUGAGCCGGGGUUGUUGGGUAGGAUGAACUUCAUAAGAAAAGCAACGGACAAAGCUCAAGGUGCAAUCAACGCAGUGGCGCACUGUCGUAUUAUCUGAACAAGCUAGGGAUCAGCAAAAUGAACUUCCUCCUGGAAACCCUUCAGGUUGUCGUAAUGUCAGUCUAUUACAACAUAGAGGCGUUUGUUAAACUUUUCAUCCCACUCAAGAAGAAAAAUGUAACCGGGGAAAUCGUCCUGAUCACCGGGGCGGGUAGCGGUAUUGGCCGUCUAAUGGCAGAGAAGUUUGCCCCCUUGGGUGUCUCUUUGAUCCUUUGGGACAUCAAUCAGAAGGGAUUAAAGGAGACUGCAAAACUAGUGAAGGAGAAAGGUGCACAAAGGAUCCACUACUACAUAUGUGACUGCAGUGACAAAGCUGAGGUCUACAGAGUGGCUGACCAGGUCAAGAGGGAAGCAGGGGAUGUAAGCAUUCUCAUCAACAAUGCAGGCAUCGUCACCGGCAGAAAGUUCAUGGAAGCACCAGACUCUUUAAUUGAGAAAACCAUGGAAGUUAACACCAUGGCCCACUUUUGGACAUAUAAAGCAUUCCUCCCAGCGAUGACAGCCAACAACCAUGGUCACCUGGUCAGCAUUGCCAGUUCAGCUGGUCUGAUUGGAGUCAAUGGACUAGCAGAUUACUGUGCCAGUAAGUUUGCUGCUAUUGGCUUUGCUGAGUCUGUUGCUUUGGAGCUGCUGGCUACGGGGAAGGAUGGAGUCAAAACUACCAUAGUGUGUCCAUACUUCAUAAACACAGGCAUGUUUGAUGGCUGCAGUAGUAAAUGGCCCCGUUUGAUACCUAUGCUGGAUCCAGACUACGUAGCAAAGAAGAUAAUUGAAGCCAUUUUAACUGACCAAGUUUACCUUCUGCUUCCAAAGAGCAUGUAUUUUGUGAUGGGCCUAAAGAACUCCUUGCAGUGGAAGCAAGCAGCUCUCCUGGGAAGGUACCUGGGGGGCACUGAGAAUCUAGAGCCAUAUGAGACCUUGCACUUUAAACUGCACUGAGCCCUUCGUGCUGCAUUUGGCUUACGUUUAACACAUUGAUGCUGUCAUACGAAUUGUCUUCAUUACAAAGCCAUUCAAAUAAGUGGCAUUGGUUAUGGAUUCCAGUGCUGAUAUGUAUGUUUAUUAGUAGUCUGCAUUUCACUCUUACUUUUCCCCGGUGAUUUUUGUUAGCAUAACAUUUAUACCAACAUUUGGGUAAUGGCUGGAGUGAAAUUGUUCAUGCUAAUGUUUUGGGUGAGGUUAGAUGUCUCCCCAAACGCUUCUGCAUGAUUACACGUGUGUUGAUGGGUUUGCAUACAGGUCUACUGUAUUUUAUGGCACCUAAGAAUGAGCUCCUUUAUAUAAAUAUUACAUUGGGAAGUUUGAAUGUUUAACUUCGAUCCAAUGACAGAUUAAGAAAUAAAACAACAACAAAACAAAUGCAGCAUUGUGCUUCAAAUGCACUUUACAUGUUUGGGGUGUGGUUAGAUGUAUGUUCACCAGUUUCUAUGUGGGCAUCAUAUGUAAAUCUCCUUGGAAUAUGUGAAUACUUAAUAAAUAUAUUUUUUCUAUUUUGUUUUUGGAAAACCUGAAUGAUGGCAUCUUAAUCUAUGGUGGUUGAGCAAACCUAAAAACUAUUCUGCAUUUAUAGCUAUGUAUUUAAUGUGGUAGAAAAAAAGAGGGCCAAUGCAAAGCUGUGUUAGGAUUGUCAUUGUCUAGCAGACAAUAGUGUUGUCUAUAUCAGCAUUAUAUAUUUUGAUAGGAACUUUUGUACAUAAACAGCUCCCUCUCAUUAUUUCGUAAACAACAAUUUUGCCCAUAGAUUCAUCGGGUAAUUGAUUGUAAUAGAGGAUAAAAACACUAUGCAUUAUGUGACAGUUUCCAAUGCUCAGGGUUCCACACUUUCUACAGUAUUAUUUUGUGUUUUUUGCAUUCAUGUGUAGAAUAUGUAGGCUCAGUGUGUAAAGUUGGACAAUGUCAUGAUGUGCUUUAGUGAUUCCUUGCGGUUAAUAUCAGGGACGUUCAAUCUCAAUUAUAGUCGUAAAGCUGGGAAAGGUGUUUAACUUAAACUGAAGUGUACCAGGUUCCUGGUUGAGCUAGCAGCUUGAUAAGUAUCAGAAACUCUUGGCAAUAUGAGAUUGGAAAAUACAUGCCUCAAUCAGAGGUUGUUCCUACCUACUAUAGAGUUGUUGCAACCAGGAAAAGUCUGGUUAUUACAAUCUGGGGGGUUGAAAAAUAGGGGGAGUACUUAGUACUAGAUAUUUUUUUAAUUCACACUUAUUAAAACAAAUUUCAGCACUAUUGAACUACUUCACAUGACACUUAAAAAUACAUCUAACCAGCCUGUUUGGAGUGAGCAUUUCAUUCUUGGUUUUGUUGUCAACAGGGUUUGAAGUUCAACAGAUUUCACAUGAACUUGUUCUAAUUAGGAAAUGCAUAUAUUAUGUAUUGUGUCUAGCAACUUUUGCUAUAUAUUAUUGUUAUUAAAAAUGAUUUGUGUGCGUGCGCGUGUGUUCCCGUCCGUGUGUGUGUGUGUAUUACCCCCUUAAGCAACUAAAAUCCGUCAGAGUACAUACCAGUAGUUAUCAAUGUCUAAAGAUAAGAAUUACCCUAAGUCUAAAAGUGACAUAGUGUAUGUCUGGAGCGUGAUGCCUGAUUAGCAUCUGAGAUCCCUUUCGAUGUGACUUGGGACAACAAAUACUCCCAGUGGUUACUACCCCGUGUAGUUGUAAAGACAGUAUCUCAAUGUGUUUGAGUAGAAUGAGCAGUAAUGCACAGUUUACCAAAAUGUCAGUAUUGUUUUGAUACUAAAACACAACCGUUUGGUACGUCAUCAAAAUAAUUUCUGAAUAGUCAUAUUUAAAG